ACAACUUGCUGCUCCCAAAUUAAAAGCAAUGUGUCCCCCCAGUCCCAUCCCUUGAAUUAAAGCUUUGAAUCACAACAAAAUAUUGUAGGCCCCCAAGCAUAUACAAUGGACUAACUACAAAGAGUGAAUCAAGCAAAUCUAUUUACCACAAUAAUUAAAUGAGAGAACCUUUUGUGAGCUUCACUCCAUUAAGUAUAUUCCCCUCCAAAACUUUUUCAUAAGAUCGAAGAGAGGCAUACACAACAUUCUCAUGAAAAUGGGGCAUGACAUGAAGCAUGUGAGGAGCUGCUGCUGCCGGAUCGAGCUGCAGAAGUUCGGUUUCGGGCUUGUCGCGGGGUGUCUUCUAGUCUCAUUGGCAUAUGUUUCGGAGUUCAACUUCGACGCAGUUUCAUUGUUGAAUUCAACAUCAUCAUCUUCACUUAGUGUAGCUCCUUCGAGCCAUCGGGUCGAAGAUAUUGUUACUUCUCAACAAGUAGUAAGAAAGGAUGAAAAGCAAGAAAUUAGCCUGCAAUGUAAACUUUGUGAGAUAGAAAAUGCUGCUGCUGCUGCUGCAAACAAUGGUUCCUACGCAAUUGAUUCGCUUUGGAAAACAACUACUACAUUUGAAGCAAAGCCAACAACAGAUGAAAGAAGCGAGGAUUCAACUCUCGAGAAGAAGCCGAUGAUGUGCGAUUUUUCGAACAGUAGAACAGAUAUAUGCGAGAUCGAAGGCGAUGUAAGAAUCUCGGGGAAAAAUUCAUCCAUUUUCUCAGUUAGUUCACCGGAAACCGACGGUCCGUAUGAAAACGAAACAUGGCGGAUCAAACCGUAUCCGCGCAAGGCGGAUAAACAAGCAAUGAGUAAUGUGAAGGAAUUGACAUUGAAAUCAUUGAGCUCUUUCAAAGAGGCUCCACAAUGCACUGAUCGUUAUGACGUGCCCGCCGUAGUUUUCUCGGUUCACGGUUUCACCGGAAAUUACUUCCAUGCAUUCACCGACGUGUUCGUCCCUCUCUUCGAAACUGCUCAUGGAUUCAACGGGGAGGUCCGGUUCGUUAUCACGGAUUUUAGAGCUCGGUGGAUUCACAGGUUCCUUCCGAUAUUCAAAAGCCUCUCGCGGUACGAUAUGAUCGACCUCGAUAACAACGACGGAGUUCUUUGCUUUCCGCGUGCCAUCGUAGGCUUGAAAAGCCACAACGAGUUGAGCAUCGACGCUUCUCCGUCGCCCAAGGGCUAUUCAAUGGUCGACUUUCUGAGAUUCAUGAGGGGCGCGUAUUCGCUCAAGAGAGAUUCGGUGGCGGCGGUCGGAAUAAGAAGGCCGAGGUUACUGAUCAUCUCGAGGGAGAGAACAAGAAAACUCGUGAAUGUGAAGGAUGUAAUUCGCUUGGCGGAGAAACUGGGCUACCAAGUGGUGGUGCCAAGGGCUCAAAAGGAUCUGGCUCAGUUCUCACGAGUCGUGAACUCGUGCGACGUGAUGAUGGGUGUUCACGGCGCGGGCCUGACGAACAUCGUCUUCCUCCCGACGAACGCGGUUUUGAUCCAGAUAGUCCCUUGGGGGGGACUGGAUUGGGUUGUGAGGACGUGCUUCGGCGAACCAUCAAAGGAAAUGAAGUUGCAGUACCUGGAGUAUAGCAUUAGUGAAGAGGAGAGCACUCUAAUAGAACAGUACCCUCGAGAUCACGCCGUGUUUACGGACCCCGCGUCGAUUCGCAAAAGAGGUUGGGUUCCUAUGAAGGAAGUGUUUUUGGACAAGCAAGAUGUGAAUUUGAAUCUGAGCAGGUUUAAGCCUGUUUUAGAGAAAGCUCUUGAGCUUCUCCAUACAUAGUAUAUAGAUUAUCAUCUUCAUUUAGGUUUGUUUUUUUGUUUAUAAUUCAACGAAAUUUUUUUAUCUGUUUCGAGUGUUCAUCCAUUUGUUUCCUGUAAGGUGGGGGAAAAUGUUUGCGUAAUGUAGAACUUUAAGAACAAAAUUUCUUGA